UCUGGUGCUAUGGAGGAGCCUAAGGCUAACCCUCAGCCGUACUUGGGGCUAGUCUUGGAGUUGCUGCGCAGGGUUGUGGCAGCACUGCCUGAAGGUAUGAAACCAGAUUCUCAUCCUUAUGAUUUUCCAUGGGAAUUGGUGAUACGGGCAGCUGUUGUGGGAAUUUUUGCUGUUCUCUUCUUGUGGAGAAGUUUUAGAUCAGUUACGAGUCGGCUUUAUGUGAGAAGAGAGAAAAAGCUCGCUGUGGCACUUUCUGGACUAAUUGAGGAAAAAUGUAAACUACUUGAAAAAUUUAGCCUUGUUCAAAAAGAGUAUGAAGGCUACGAAGUAGAGUCAUCUUUAAAGGAUGCCAGUUUUGAGAGAGCGACAACAGAAGCACAAAGUUUGGAGGCAACCUGUGAAAAGCUGAACAGGUUCAAUUCUGAACUUCAGCAUGAUGUACUCUGUCUAGAAAAAGAGUUAAAAGAAGAGAAAUCUAAACAUUCUGAACAAAAUGAAUUGAUGGCAGAUAUUUCCAAAAGGAUACAGUCACUAGAAGAUGAGUCAAAAUCCCUCAAAUCACAAGUAGCUGAAGCCAAAAUGACUUUUAAGAGAUUUCAAAUGAAUGCAGAACGACUGCAGAUAGAAAUACAAGAUGCUUUGAAUGAAAAUUCUCAACUUCAAGAAAACCAGAAACAGCUUUUGCAAGAAGCUGAAGUAUGGAAAGAACAAGGGCGUGAACUUAUUAAACAGAAAAGAACAUUUGAAGACUCCAAAGUACACGCAGAACAAGUUUUAAAUGAUAAAGAAAAUCACAUCAGGACUCUGACUGAACGCUUGCUAAAGAUGAAAGAUCAGACUGCUAUGCUUCGAGAAGACAUAACGGAUGAUGAUAACUUGGAAUUAGAAAUGAACAAUGAAUCGGAAGAUGGUGCUUACUUAGAUAAUCCUCCAAAAGGAGCUUUGAAGAAACUGAUUCAUGCUGCUACGUUAUGUGCUUCUUUAAAAACCUUAGAAGGAGAAAGAAACCAAAUUUAUAUUCAAUUAUCUGAAGUUGAUAAAACAAAGGAAGAGCUUACAGAGCAUAUUAAAAAUCUUCAGACUGAACAAGCAUCUUUGCAGUCAGAAAGCACACAUUUUGAAAGUGAGAAUCAGAAACUUCAACAGAAACUUAAAGUAAUGACUGAAUUGUGUCAAGAAAAUGAAACGAAACUCUACAGGAAAUUAAUAGUAGAGGAAAAAUGCCGGUUAGAGAAAGAAGAGAAACUUUCUAAAGCAGACGAAAUAAUCAGCCAUGUCACUGAAGAGCUGGAGACCUACAAAAAGCGAGCCAAAGAUCUUGAAGAAUUUGAAAGAACUAUGCAUUUUUAUCAAAGGAAGAGCAUUCUCCAUAAGAAAAAAGCACAUAAUAAUUGGUUGGCAGCUUGGACUGCUGAAAGAAACCUCAAUGAUUUGAGGAAAGAAAAUGCUCACAACAGACAAAAAUUAGCUGAUAUAGAGUUUAAAAUAAAACUUUUAGAAAAAGAUCGUCAUGCACUUGAUGUUCCAAAUGCAGCAUUUGGCAGAGAGCAUUUCCCAUAUGCUCCCUCACCAUUGGGUCGGCCUUCAUCUGAAAUGAGAGCUUUUCUCUAUCCUCCGACUUUGUUGGAGGGUCCACUGAGACGCUCACCUUUGCUUCCAGGGGGAGGAGGAAGAGGCCCAGGAGGCCCAGGGAAUCCUCUGGACUGUCAGAUGACCAAUGAAAGAGGAGAAGCAAGCUGUGGUAGGUUAACCAGUCUUCACAGGGCUCCUUCUGGCUCUAGGCCCCUGUCGCCUCUGUGGGAACAGGACCUUAGGAUGGUGUUUCCUCCACCGGGACAGUCAUAUCCUGAUUCAGCUUUUCCUCCACAAAGGCAAGACAGAUUUCAUUCUAAUUCUGCUAGACGCUCUGGACCAGCAGAACUCAGAUGUUUUAAUACACCUUCUUUGGGUAAAUUGGAUGGGUCAAUGCCUUCAGAAAUGGAACCCAGUAGAAAUGAUACCAAAGAUAAUCUUGGUAAUUUAAAGGUGCCUAAUUCAUCUCUCCCCACUGAAAAUGAAGCAACUGGGCCUGGCUUUAUUCCACCUCUUGCUCCAAUCAGAGGUCCAUCGUUUCCAGUAGAUACAAGGGGCCCGUCCAUGAGAAGAGGACCUCCUUUCCCUCCACUUCUUCCAGGAACCAUGUUUGGAGCUUCUCGAGAUUAUUGUCCACCAAGGGUUGUCCCCAGUCCACCACAUGCUCCAUUUGCAAUGACAAAUGUCUAUUCGCCCAGGGGUUUUCCUCCUUACCGUCCCCCAAGACCUGGAUUCCAUCCCCCACCACCGCAUUCUGAAGGCAGAAUGAGUUUCCAUCAGGGUUGA